CACCCUCACCAAAAGCACCGCGAAAGAGAACACGUUCACACCAUGUUACAUUUAAACGCUUUAAUAACUAUUAUUUCAGUCAGCUCCGCCUGAAUAAAUGAGUUAUAUCGAGAUUUGCUGUUUGAAAAAAAAAUCCCAGGUUUGAACAUCGUUGGCGUCAGGGGCGGAGUCACAGAGAUCCGUGAACAAGAUGGCGACCUUCCCGGAGAGGAUGGCGUCUGUCCUGCUGCUGUGGCUUGCUGUGUCUCUGACUGCUACACUGGCUGUGGACAGAGCCAACUUCAAAACCUGUGACCAGAGUGCCUUCUGCAAGCGUCAGCGAGCAUUGAAGCCUGGCGAGUCUUCCUAUCGAGCCCUGCUGGAGACCAUGGAGCUAACCAACACCAGACUCACCCUGCAGCUCAAGAAUGACAAGAACAAGGUGCGUCUCCUGCUGGAACUCUAUCGCCUCCAGGGAAACAUAACCAGGGUGAAGAUUAAUGAGCUGAAGCCACUGAAGCCUCGCUAUGAGGUCCCAGACGUGCUCAUCAGAGAGCCGCCGACAGAGCCCCUCUCUCUCUUGUCUCAGGAUGAGAACGGAGUGGUUCUGUCCCUGGGGGUGGAGUCUCAAAGGGUCAUUGUCAGUGCCCGCCCCUUCCGAUUGGACAUCAUGCAGGGUCGUGACGUGCUCUUGUCACUAAACUCGCGUGGCCUCCUGGCCUUUGAGCAUUUAAGGAUACGGAAGGACACUUUCUUCAAUUUAAUAACUAGCACAUUUGCAAGUGUGUGGGAUAUUGUCAAGAGUGUAUUAUCUAGACAGGCAGACGGAGAGGCCGAGGAUGCAAAUUUGGCUAACGAGGAAGAGGCUGUGGUGAAUGAGAAAGACGAAGAGGGCAUGUGGGAAGAAACCUAUAAAUCAUUUACUGACAGCAAACCUAAUGGUCCAACGGCUAUAGGUUUAGACUUUUCGUUUCCAGGGGUGGAACAUGUCUACGGCAUUCCAGAGCAUGCUGACUCACUCCGACUUAAAACUACUGAAAAUGGAGAUCCGUAUCGGCUCUACAAUCUGGAUGUGUUCCAGUAUGAGCUGGAUAAUCAAAUGGCACUUUAUGGCUCUGUACCCGUUAUGUUGGCCCACAACGCCCAGCGGACUACAGGAAUCUUUUGGCUCAACGCUGCUGAGACCUGGGUUGACAUUAGCUCCAACACUGCGGGGAAGACUGUCUUUGGAAAAAUGCUGGAUUAUGUGCAAGGCUCAAGUGAGACACCACAGACAGAUGUGCGUUGGAUCUCUGAAAGCGGCAUCAUAGAUGUCUUCAUUAUGCUGGGCCCAACACCAAAAGAUGUCUUUGCGCAGUACGCCUCCCUGACAGGCACCCAAGCAUUCCCUCCCCUGGCUGCCUUGGCCUACCACCAGUGUCGCUGGAACUACAAUGACCAAGAGGACGUGCAAUCGGUGGAUGCGGGCUUUGACGAGCAUGACAUUCCCUAUGAUUUCAUCUGGCUUGAUAUUGAGCACACGGAUGGCAAACGCUAUUUUACCUGGGACGCCAAUAAGUUUGCCACACCCAAAGAAAUGCUUCAAAGGCUCAUGGAUAAGAAACGCAAGAUGGUAACCAUUGUAGACCCUCACAUUAAAGUGGACAGCAACUACAAGAUCCACAAUGAAAUCAAAUCUCAAGGUUACUACACAAAGAACAAAGAUGGCGGUGACUAUGAAGGCUGGUGUUGGCCUGGUAAUGCCGGCUAUCCAGACUUUUCCCGUGAAGACAUGAGAGCUUGGUGGGCCAGUAUGUUCGCCUACGACCAGUACGAGGGCUCCAUGGAGAACAUGUAUUCGUGGAACGACAUGAACGAGCCUUCGGUGUUCAACGGGCCAGAGGUCACCAUGCACAAGGAUGCAAAGCACGGGGACUGGGAGCACCGUGACCUGCACAACAUGUAUGGUCUCUAUGUGCAAAAGGCCACAGCGGAGGGCCUGAUCCAGAGAUCGGGAGGAGUCGAAAGACCUUUUGUCUUGACCAGGGCCUUCUUUGCUGGGUCACAGCGCUACGGGGCAGUGUGGACAGGAGAUAAUGCCGCUGAGUGGGGGCACCUAAAAAUCUCAAUUCCCAUGUGCCUAAGUAUGGGCCUGGUGGGAAUAGCUUUCUGUGGUGCUGAUGUCGGGGGCUUCUUCAAGUCUCCGAGCUCGGAGCUGUUGGUGCGUUGGUACCAGACGGGAGCCUACCAGCCCUUCUUCAGAGCCCACGCUCACCUGGACACGUCCCGCCGCGAGCCCUGGCUCUUCGGCCCGGAGAACACUGCACUGAUUCGUGAGGCUGUGCGCCAACGCUACACCCUCCUACCAUACUGGUACCAGCAGUUCUACCACACCUACCGCACUGGAGAUCCCGUCAUGAGGCCACUGUGGGUGGAGUAUACUCAGGAUCCUGCUACUUAUGCUCUGGAGGACCAAUUCUUGAUUGGACGGGACUUGUUGGUGCACCCUGUCACUGAAGAGGGAGCCCGUGGAGUCACUGCCUAUCUGCCUGGAAAAGAGGAGGUCUGGUUUGACGUGCACACCUUCCAGAAACACAAUGGCGCUCAGAACCUUUACAUUCCUGUCACCAUGAGCUCUAUCCCAGUUUUCCAGCGUGGCGGCUCAAUUAUUCCCAGAAAGCUUCGAGUGCGCAGAUCAUCGCCCUGCAUGGAGCACGACCCUUACACUUUGAUCGUGGCCCUCGACCGACAGAGGGCUGCCGAAGGAGAGCUCUACAUUGAUGAUGGACACACUUUCAACUUUGAGAAGAAGGAGUUCAUUCACAGGAAGCUGUCCUUCGCCAACAACGUCCUCUCCUCUGUAAACCUUUCCCCAGAUGCCCAGUUCUCUACGUCCUCCUCAGUUGAACGCAUUCUCAUAUUGGGGGCAAUGAAGCCCGCCAAGGCGACCCUGAGGACAGCUGACGGUAAGACCAGCCAACUUGAGUUUGACUUUGAUGCGGCAACGUCAGUCUUGACGCUGCGCAAGCCGGGCAUGAACGCCGGCACUGACUGGAGCGUGAUGCUGCAGUAACCAUGGAGACGGAGGAGGAGGAGGAGGACAAAGUGACUGAAGAAAAGAAGAGGAAUGAGCACUGUGAAGACUUAAGGACAUCCAUCUCCACACUUUUUUUCAGCUCUGAAAGGCUCUAACUAAUAGUAACCACUAGAUAGGAUCAUUCUCAAAACAGAUGCUUGGAUUUUUUUACUCAAAAAUUGAUUGAGAAAACUGCUCCUGAACAUAUCGCAUUCUUUUUCCAAAGGGUAAUCAGACAUGAUUCACUUCGGAGGCCAAUUAAGUCAAUCAGCUGCCGCACAAAAACUUUUUGGUGGUAGAAAUCCUUUCAGCAACACACUUUCUUUUAUCAGUGUUCUUUUUUUUCCACUUUUCUUGUUUACUGUCUUUUUUUUAAUGCACUUGAGCAGAGGUGACAACCUUAAAGUGACUGUAUCAAGAGCAUCACUGGUUCAAAAGAACAUUCCAUAAAUAAUACUAAAUAUAUUUCAUAAAAAUGAGCAGCCCGGGUAAAAAGGGGGUCACUCAUGUACCGUAUUUUUCGGAGUAUAAGUCGCUCCGGUCGAAAAUGCACAAUAAAGAAGGAAAAAAACAUAUAUAAGUCGCACUGGAGUAUAAGUCGCAUUUUUGGGGGAAAUUUAUUUGAUAAAACCCAACAGCAAGAAUAGACAUUUGAAAGGCAAUUUAAAAUAAAUAAAGAAUAGUGAACAACAGGCUGAAUAAGUGUACGUUAUAUGAGGCAUAAACAACCAACUGGUAUGUUAACGUAACAUAUUAUGGUAAGAGUCAUUCAAAUAACUAUAACAUAUAGAACAUGCUAUACGUUUACCAAACAAUCUGUCACUCCUAAUCGCUAAAUCCCAUGAAAUCUUAUACGUCUAGUCUCUUACGUGAAUGAGCUAUAUAAUAUUCGUUGAUAUUUUACGGUAAUGUGUUAAUAAUUUCACACAUAAGUCGCUCCUGAGUAUAAGUCGCACCCCCGGCCUAACUAUGAAAAAAACUGCGAUUUAUAGUCCGAAAAAUACGGCAGCGUUGUGUCCUACACACUCGGACAAGAGCAUCCCCACGGAAGCAACUAACAAUUUGCUACGAUAUAAAAUACACUCUAAUUGUAUCUCAACUUUUCUCAUUAGAUCACGCCGGCAACUAACAUAACUAAUGAGUUACACCGGGUGUUGUUGUCGCGGUAAGAGGGCAUUAUAUAAUGCUUACAACACGUUUGCAAACAGUCACUUUAAAGGUUGUUAGGAUAUUUUAAGUCAGUUCCUUUUUCCCAGUGUGAUCUUAGAGUGGUCAUACUCAUUGUUUUCUGCAUCUCAAUGAAUACGGAUACUGUGCAAAAAUGUAAGAGUUUUGGAUUUUCAAUAUAACUAAACGUUUUACAUUUUGAAUUUAACCACCGAGAGAGAUUUGACUUUCAUAAGUUCCAUUUGGUUCAGAUGCACCUGCAGACGACAAUAGAGUAGUCCCAUCUUGGCUUAUCUUCCAAUAUUGCAUCCUUGUCCAAUAGUGUCGAUCUUCUUUCGUAUUGAUAGUUGUUAUGAUCUAACCUUGCUGCAGCUUGACACAGGGGGAGACUGAAGUGAAGGAGCAGACUCGUUCUAAUGAUGUGACCAAGUGAAAAUAAAAGAUGACCAAUUGUGA